AGAGCCGCGCGGCUCUGCGAGUCAGUCUGGUUCGGCUGCUGCAGCGUGGGCUGAGCUCCUGGGGAUCGGAACAACAUUCGGCAACAAUGGUGACUCCAGUUAACGGAGCCCCAAGGGAUACUGAUCUGUGGACCUCACACGAGCGAAUGCUAGCUCAGCCUCUGAAAGACAAUGAUAUUGAGGUUUAUAGCAUCAUUAAGAAGGAGAGUAAUCGGCAGAGGGUGGGGUUGGAGCUCAUUGCCUCAGAGAAUUUUGCCAGCCGAGCAGUUUUGGAAGCUCUAGGCUCUUGCUUAAAUAACAAAUACUCCGAGGGGUACCCAGGCCAGAGGUACUAUGGUGGGACGGAGUUUGUCGAUGAACUGGAGAUACUUUGUCAGAAGCGAGCUCUGCAAGUCUAUGGUCUGGACCCCCAGUGCUGGGGGGUCAACGUCCAGCCCUAUUCUGGCUCCCCGGCAAACUUUGCAGUGUAUACUGCGUUGGUUGAACCCCAUGGGCGCAUCAUGGGGUUGGACCUGCCUGAUGGGGGUCACCUCACCCAUGGCUUCAUGACAGACAAGAAGAAAAUCUCCGCUACAUCCAUCUUCUUCGAAUCUAUGCCAUAUAAGGUGAACCCAGACACCGGCUAUAUCAACUACGACCAGCUGGAGGAGAAUGCCCGCCUCUUCCACCCGAAGCUGAUUAUUGCAGGAACCAGCUGUUAUUCCCGGAACCUAGACUACGCCCGGCUGCGGAAGAUCGCAGAUGAUAAUGGGGCAUAUCUUAUGGCUGACAUGGCUCACAUCAGCGGGCUGGUGGCAGCUGGUGUGGUACCCUCGCCCUUUGAACACUGCCAUGUGGUGUCCACCACAACUCACAAAACUCUGAGAGGUUGCCGAGCUGGCAUGGUCUUCUACAGGAGAGGCGUGCGCAGUGUGGAUCCUAAGACUGGCAAAGAGAUUCUGUACAACCUUGAGUCCCUCAUCAACUCUGCUGUGUUCCCAGGCCUACAGGGAGGUCCCCACAACCACGCUAUUGCUGGCAUUGCUGUGGCCCUGAAGCAGGCUCUGACUCCAGAGUUCAGACUGUAUCAGCACCAGGUGGUGGCCAACUGCAGGGCUCUUGCCUCGACGCUGAUGGGGCUGGGCUACAAGGUGGUGACAGGUGGUUCUGACAACCAUUUGAUCCUGGUGGAUCUCCGUUCCAAAGGUACAGAUGGUGGCAGGGCUGAGAAGGUGCUAGAAGCCUGUUCUAUUGCCUGCAACAAGAACACCUGUCCAGGUGACAAAAGUGCAUUGCGGCCUAGUGGACUGCGACUAGGAACCCCAGCCCUGACAUCCCGAGGACUACUGGAAAAAGAAUUCCAAGAAGUAGCCCACUUUAUUCACAGAGGCAUAGAACUGACUCUGCAGAUUCAGAACAACAUAGGGACGAAGGCCACCCUAAAGGAAUUCAAGGAGAAACUUGAAGGGGAUGAGAAGCACCAGAAGGCUAUCAGGACUCUGAGGGAGGAGGUGGAGAGCUUCGCCUCUCGAUUCCCUCUGCCUGGCUUGCCUGAUCUCUAAAGGAGCUGGGACCACCUUGCUCCAGUGCCACAUGGCACAGGGGCAACUUACUGCUUAAGGGUUACAGAGGGACUGGUUAACUUCUUUAUGCCUUCUGAUGGAGAAAGGUUCUGUUGGGCUUUUUC